UUUGCUCCUCUAGGUUAUGGCUAAGCUCACCACAAGAACCGCUAGAAAAUACCUGAAUUUUAGGCUAGGGCAGUCCAAUAUGAGUACAAACCAGCGAACCUUUGAUGAUGCUAUUGAACGUCUCAAUUCUUUACAGUCAAAUGCAAAAGUGUUGGAGAUGCUUCGCAACAGAGGAAAAGUUCCUAACGAUCAGUCGAUGAUUGAAAUGAAAGAAUAUCUCAAUAGGAUCGGGUACCAGACAUCAGACUUGAAUCGCUUGAAUGUUAUUCACGUUGCCGGAACGAAAGGAAAGGGCUCUACUUGUGCGUUUACAUCCUCUAUUCUUUUAGAAAUUCAAAAGAAGUAUCCUGAUAUUGCUCCCAAAUGUAUUGGAAUGUAUACGUCCCCUCAUCUGCGGUCAGUGUGUGAGCGUAUUCAACUUAAUGGGAAACCUGUUUCUAAAGAAUUAUUUACUAAAUAUUUCUUUCAAAUGUGGGAUCGCCUAGAAGCUACUGCUUCUGAAUCAAGUAAUCCAGAAAAACCAAUGUACUUUCGUUUUUUGACACUACUAGCUUGGCACAUUUUCCUAUCAGAAGGUGUCGAUGCUGCUAUUAUUGAAGUCGGUAUUGGAGGUGAAUAUGAUUCUACCAACUUGAUUGAGCAACCCAUUGCCACAGCUGUUACUAGCUUAGGAUUAGAUCAUACUGCUUUAUUAGGAAGCUCGAUUGCAGAGAUCGCUUGGCAAAAGGCAGGAAUCUACAAGAGUUCAGCAACUGCUUUAACCUGUAACCAAGUUCCUGAAGCUCUUCCCGUGUUAGAGCAGCGUGCCAACGAACGACAUACUAGCUUAAGGGUCAUUAAAGCACCUUUAGAGUUGAAGGAAGAAAUGAUUGGUCUUUCUGGAGCGCAUCAGUUGAGCAAUGCCGCACUCGCAAUAGCAAUGGUAGGUGAGUACAUUCACAAAACUGGACAUUCCGGUCCCGCCAACCUUCUUAAAGAUCCUUGCGUCCUUAAUGGCUUAAGGGAUGUAAAAUGGCCAGGUAGAUGCCAGCUAGAGACUAUACACGGAAUACAGUGGUGCUUCGAUGGUGCACACACACAGGAGAGUUUGGAAGCAACGGGUGCUUGGUUAGCUUCCAGGAGACAACAUUUUCAGGACGCCAAAGCAAGAGUGUUGGUAUUCAACCAGCAGAGUAGAGAUGACCCAAUCGCUUUGAUUCAAGCUUUCCUAAAGGGCUAUGAAUCUUCAGGGAAAGAUAUACCAUUUACGCAUGCUAUUUUUUCGACAAAUAUUACUUGGAAGAACGCAACUUACAAUCCCGAAUUGCUGAGCGUUAAUACUGUCACGGAUAAUCGCCCAGCGUUGCACGUGCAAGAAGCCUUGGCAACUUGGUGGAACAAGAAUCGUUCCAGUUUAAACGAUACUACAAAGGUAGCUCCUACUGUCGAAGAAGCCAUUGAAAUGGUGCACAAUAUUAAAGAAGAAUCGCAAAGCACGUUUGUUUGUGUGACCGGAAGUCUCCAUCUCACAGGCGGUGUCUUUGUCGUUUUGGAUAAGGCUGCCUUUGAAUAAAAUUUUAUAGUGUUUGCUAGUUUACAAAAACGGCUUUGGACUUUACUUUGUCUGAGUAAUUAUAUCUAUAUGAGAACAAGGGCUAUCAAAUGCCGGAUAUCCCAUCUUGUUGAAAUUUUUUAUGAUUUGAACAGCUUAUUCAAUGUUAUAGAUACCGUUUAAUGUUUCGAUAGAUUACUUAUCCACUAAAUAAGGGCUAAUACCAAUUUGCAUAUCUCUCUUCUAGGAAAUUGUUCAUUUCUUUUUUGACAUUUGGAUUAUUGGUGAAUCGCAGAGAAAAUAUAAAACCAUC